AUGGACGAGGACUAUGACACGGCGUCCUUGCAGGAGAGUGUGAGGCGCCGGUUUCUACUGGUGUUGGCGCAGCUGCUGCCACCGUGCGCGUCUACGGCCGCACAGCCCACUGCUUUGGCGUCAGCGCCAUUUUCUGCGCACUCCCCAGUUGUGCUGACGGCUGUGAAGUCUCUCGCGUCGGCGGAUGAGGGCGGCACGGAGGACGUCGAAGGGGGUGGCCCAAUUGUAUCCUUUGCGUGGCCUGACGAUUGUGACGACGAGGGGGAUGCCUCUCGCAGAGCCGAGAUUGUGGCGCUUCUGCUGACGGGUGAAAUGGGCGUCGGUGGGCAACUUUUUAAUGUCUGCGUGGACAUCUUUGAGAGGCAACCCCCACACCAGCAUUCUUCGCUGCGCCUCCUGCUGCAUUCAACUCUUUCUGCCGUACUGACUAACUAUCGAUGCGACGCAGCACAUGCUAAGCGGGAGGUCGCUUUGGAUGAGGCUUCAACGUCGUCGCCUCCACAGGAGUCGGACUGUGCACUUACGUCACUGCUUCGUACGGCGGCAGCGAUGGUGGCAAUCAACAAGUCUUGGUGGGCAACAACGCCGGGUGAGGAGGAUUUUCUAGAGCGUGAGGGUUCUUCGGGUACGGCGAUGCUAAUGAGUAACGCGGAUCGUCUCGUAGAGGGACUAUGUGACUUUGUUGUUGCUGUGGCACAGCAAGUUACUGUGGGGAAGGGCAAUGCGUAUACAUUCCCCCCUGUUUGCUGCAGCAGGGCUUUGUGCAAGCGACGGAGGGAAAGUGUAUGUAAAGGCACGUUUGGGAAGGAACGAUGGUUUGCAGCUAUGAAUAACGAUUCCUUUCCUCAACUGCAGGAAGUACCGAGUAUUGCAGAGGUCUUUCAGGCAAAAUCAUCUUUGGGUUGUGCCGCUGCAUGUAGCGGCAGUAACAAUCGUAAUAGUGGCAACGGUGAGGCGUUGUCAGAGAUUGGAAAUGCUCUCGCUGUCAUAAAUGAGGCUUGUAAGGCCCGCACCGUGCCAGACAUGUCGCCCUGGCAAUACGGCCGGAAUCGAAUUACUUUGGCCUCCCUUACAGUCAUCACGCAGCAGGUUCCAGAGCACGACACUGCCACAGAAGAAAGUGAGCAGAUGACGAUGGCAGAAAGGCCUGUGCAACAUGACGACAGCAAUACAAAUAACGACAACUCAACAUCGGACUAUUUUGUGCACGAGGAUGGGACACAUGAACUUUUGGGUUAUUUUCUGCACGAGACAGGGACGCUGUACACAACUCGUGGGGGACGGUACCUUAUGGAGAUCGACUAA